AUGAGUAGCGUAGAACGACAAAAUUACAAUCGAUUAUCGCAUCAUCAUAAUUUCUUAAUUAAACUUCGAGGAAUACCGAAUUCAGUAACUAAAGAUGAUGUUAAAAAAUUUCUCUACCCAUGUCGGAUAGUAAGUAUUUACCUAUUUGAUAAUAAAGAUAAGUCAUCGAGCGAAUGUAUGAUUGACCUCGAAUCUGAAGCUGACGUUCGAAAAGCAUUGGAAAAAAGUGAUCAGUACAUGGGUAAUCGAUGUAUAGAAGUUUUUUCUUCCACGAACUCGGAAUACAAGUUCUUCAUGAAAUAUAAAGGUUCGAUCUCAUGGCGUGAUCCAGUAAUUCGCGUCAAUGGCCUUCCAGGUAGUUGUACAAUGGCAGAUGUACAACUAUUUUUCAAAGAUAUUGAGAUAGCUCGAAAUGGUAUUUAUAUUACACGUGAUAUGUCGGAUAAUGCAGUGGGUAAUGGAUACGUUGCAUUCGUUAGUAUGGAUAAUGCCUAUAAAGCAAUUGAUAUUUAUGAUCAACAAUAUCUUAAACGCAGUCGUAUCGACUUGAUUCCAUCGACAUAUGAUGAAGCAAAAAAGAGUAUCACCGAUGAUGCAUAUGUGAACGGCAAACAGUUUUGCGGCGCAGAUGAUCAAGCAAAGAAGAUGAAUAUUUGUAAUGAGAAUAAGAAGAGAACUCGUAGUCACGAACGGUCAAGAUCAAACAGUUGUGAUCAACAUUAUCGAGCAGUGAAACGUCGUCGUUCAACAUUAACAUCUCCUCGAUCACGGACUUAUCAAAAUAAUCGUCAACGAAAAAGUCGAAGUCCAAUUCAUUGCUCAUCAUCGAAACAAACUGGUGAAUACUUGAUUAAAAUGCGUGGUAUGCCCUAUACAGUUGUUGAAAGCGAUAUUCGACAGUUCUUUCCAUCAAAUUGUCAACCGGUGCGCAUUGAAAUUAUUCAAGAUCGUCGUUUGAAGCGUCCCAAUGGCGAUGGACAUGUUUACUUUAAUACGAAAGAAGACGCAAUCGAAGCGAUGAAAUGUGAUAGGAAAUAUAUGAAUAAUCGUUACAUCGAGCUCUAUUGUGAUUCAGUUCGAUAUUCUUUAUCAAACUAUCGACGGCGUCGAUUCCAAAGUCAAUCAUCACACUAG